UUACCUGCUCCUUUCGUUUUAAUAGCGCCUGGAAAUAUUAUUUUUCGUUGUGGAAUACGCAAUUCCUUGAUUCUCUUCCUGGUUACCGAUUAUUUGGGAUGGAUCCGUUUAAAGAUUUCGAUUUCGUAUGUGUUCGCUUAUGAACAUUCAAUGCAGACCUCCUUAGUCCGUCGGUUUUAUGGACUUCAAUUUUAAUAAUGUCUAUGAGUUUUAUGUCUGAUAGUUUAAAUACUUCAGAUCCGUCCAAAUCAGCAUUUUUAGAGUUUGGCCACGGACUUUCUACAAACCAGCAGCAGCUGUCCGGACUCACUCACAACAUUUACCCUGUACAUGGAUUGCACUCGAGCGGACACCCGCAGCAUGACGGUUCCUACCCCUCCGCUGCGUGCCAUUACGGCCGCUCUCUGGGUUACGCCUACCCCGGCCCGGUAGGCGCUCAUGCCCCGUCUGCCUACGUGCCCUACCAACACAGCAACUACAGCAGUGCUCUGGGCCACGCGAGAGCCGAGGAGCCGGAGCACGAGAAGCCGACGGUGAUUGAAAACGGGGAGAUUCGUCUUAAUGGCAAAGGGAAGAAGAUCCGCAAACCGCGAACCAUUUACUCCAGUCUGCAGCUGCAAGCGCUCCACCAGAGGUUCCAACAGACACAGUACCUCGCGCUACCAGAGCGAGCCGACCUAGCUGCCAAACUGGGACUUACGCAAACGCAGGUUAAAAUAUGGUUUCAAAAUAAACGUUCAAAAUAUAAGAAGAUUAUGAAGCACGGGUCCAGUGGAGCUGAAGGAGAACUUCCCAACACAUCCACAGCGUCUCCGAGCUCCCCCGGGCUACUGCCACUUUGGGAGGUGUCAAUGGCGAACAAAGGGGCCCCUAUGCACCCGAGCGGCUACAUGAACAGUUUUGGACAGUGGUAUCCCUCGCACCAUCAGGAUUCUUUGCCCAGACCUCACAUGAUGUGA